AUGGCGCAUUUCCUGAGAGGAAAGCAAGCUGGCAUCCAAAAGGACCUGUCCGACGGCUUGUCGCCGGACUUGUUCGCCCUCGAUGAUUUCGCUCGAUAUGGCAUAAAUUCUCAGAUCAGCGCUAUCGCCUACGAUCCUGUUCAAUCCCUUAUUGCCGUUGGCACCAGUGAUACUCAGUUUGGCAGCGGUCAGAUCUAUGUUUUCGGCCAGCGUCGGGUAUCCGUUGUCUUUUCACUGCCCCGGAAGGCGUCGGCCAAGUUUCUACAAUUUUGUGCCGACAAGCUUGUCAGCGUUGAUUCGAAAAGUGAAAUUUGUGUUUUCUCCCUCGAGACACGACAGACAAUCUUCUCUUUUGCCCCUCCUAACCAUGUCAGCGCAUUGUUGACGGAUCCUAGCCUCGACUAUGCCUUCAUUGGCCUGCAGAAUGGUGAUAUCAUUGCAUACGAUCUCGAUCGUGAAUCUUUAACGCCUUUUAAAGUUCCCAAUCUCUGGGCCCAGCGUAAUCCGCGAGCACGCUUUUGCCCUGUCAUCGCACUCUCCUUUUCACCUCGCGAUAUUGGAAAGAUCCUAAAGUACUUCGAGUAUGAAGUUCCCCCAGGUGCAUUGGGUGGAAAUUGCGAUGUCCCAUCCCAGGAGCCGCGCAGGCCAAGGCUUACCAGGGCCAUCUGGCACCCUAACGGGAUUUUCGUACUGACAGUGCAUGAUGACAAUAGUUUGGUUCUAUGGGACUCUAAAGAUGGUCGCAAGAUAGCGGCUAGGUCAAUUACAACCCCCAAUAUUGACCAGCCCGGUGCUAGUUCUGAGAGACCACUGUCAUCGGGGAGCGCUGUUGGGCUCAGGGACCCUAUUACUCAUAUUGCGUGGUGUGUUAAGGGAAAUGGGGAUGAUAGUGGACUUUUAAUAGCUGGUGGUAAACCGAAGGCUGAGGCCAACAAAGGACUUACCUUCAUCGACCUGGGGCCAACUCCAAAUUAUCAAACAUCCUCUUGGGCCAUAAUUUCGAACUAUUUCGAGUCUCCAAAACAAAUAGCAAAUCUCCCAACGCCCCCAGGCGCAGAAGUCGUGGAUUUCUGCCUUAUUCCCCGCACAUCGCCUUAUUAUGCUGGAGGACAUGAUCCGAUUGCCUUGAUCGCCGUGCUUUCUUCGGGAGAGUUGAUAACCUUGAGCUUCCCAAGCGGCCAUCCGAUUACCCCCACCAAUAUGAUUCACCCUUCUCUUUCAUUUGUCCAUCCUUUCGUGAACAAGAUGACGCUUACGCCAGUGGAUCGUGGUGCGGAGGGGAAGAAGGUCCUCAAGCGCUUUGAAGAUCGUAACGUGAUUUCAACCGCUCAUGCCGAUGGCACCAUUCGUCUCUGGGAUGUAGGCCAUGAUGAUGAGGUCGAGAAUGGGGAUGUCAUCCAGGUGGAUUUGGCUCGCGCCGUUGGUCGUGUCAGUAAUGUUGAAGUCACUGAAAUGGCUCUAAGCGGGUCAACAGGAGAGCUGUCGGUUGGCCUCAGGAGUGGUGAGGUCGUGAUAUUCCGUUGGGGCAGCAAUGGAAAUUUUGGCCACGAAGAGCCCGCCGGCGCUAACGAAGGACCGGGGAAGUUGACUAAGAUCGUUCACAGAACUGAUCCUGGGUUGAAGCAGGGACUUCUUCCCCUUACUCUUUUGGAUAUGCAACAAGGAUCAGUCACCGCGCUGAAACAUAGUCAAGUUGGUUUUGUCGCUGCCGGCUUCGAAGGUGGUGGUUUGGCGAUCAUCGACUUGCGCGGGCCGGCAGUGAUUCAUACUGCACGAUUGUCCGAACUAACAAAACCUAGCAAGCGGAGUAGUUUCUUGAGACACCGAUCGUCUGAGGACGCCCCACCAGAAUGGCCAACGAGCAUUGAAUUUGGUGUAUUGACUUUGGAGGGAGAAGAUUAUUCGAGCAUUUGCUGCUUUGUAGGCACCAACCGGGGAAAUCUUGCAACCUUUAAGAUCCUUCCAACGGAAAAUGGAGGCUAUAUGGCUUCAUUUGCUGGAUCAACUUUGCUGGAUGAUAAGGUUAUAAGCAUCAUUCCUAUUGAUGCUGAGAGUGGUAACCUUGCCUUAGCUACUCCGAACGCUGUUGGGGGUUUAAGAAAUGGGGUUCGGGUACACGGUGUCGUCGUUGCUGUAACCGUUUCUGGUUGCAGGAUUUUCAAGCCUGCAACUUCUAAGGGCGCACAUAAAUCGUGGGAAGAUUAUCUGUGCGACUCUGCUGCUGUUGUCAAAGUUGAGGGUCGAGGUUACAGCCUUGUUGGGCUGUUUGGUGAUGGAAACGUGCGGGCUUUCUCCAUCCCAGGCCUCAAAGAGAUGGGCUGUAAGGAAAUUAAUUACAUGGCCGAUAUGAAACGCCUUUCGGAGUCCACAGUUUGCUUUAAUGGAACAGUUCUUACUUGGACCGGGCCUUCCCAAGUGGGAUUGUUUAACGUUUGGGGAGCUGGAACUGGGCUGCGACAUUCCGAAGAUCAGCUCUAUAACGUACAGGCGGCCACGCCCCCACGCCCGACGAUUACCAACAUGCAAUGGAUCGCCGGUACCCAAUAUAUUUCUCCUGCCGACAUGGACAUUCUCAUUGGAGGCCCUGAUCGCCCGCCUUCGAAAAAGAUGCAAGAGCAGAUGAAGCUUGAAGAUCAAGAGCGCCGAAGACUUGCUAGGGAGGGACGAACCAUGUCCAAUCUGUCCCAGGAACAAGGCAGCCAAGAAGGAUAUUGGUCGUAUAUGCAGCGCCAAGUGCAGGAGCGCACUGAAAAGCUGAAUUUUGCCGGUGACCAGAUGGAACGACUGGAAGAAAACAGCAGUAAUUGGGCCCGGGACGUCAACAAGUACGUUCAGAACCAGAAGAAGAAGGCUGUGCUGGGUGUGUUAGGGUCGAAGUUUGGACUCUAAAAUGCUUGUGACUGGUAGACGACUCCUUAAUAAAAUGCGGGACAAAUAUAC